CGCUUUGUCAAGCUGUCCUAUAGUAGCAAUGGUAAUGAAAAACUACCCAAUACGCCUAGUAUGCCAUUGCCUUUUACUCGACAACAAAUUGAAGCUCCAUUACUAAAUUCAGUUCCAUCUAACAUCAUACCUAUCAUUCAUCCACCCGCGACCAUAAACGACUAUUUCACUGAUGUUAGAACAGAUUUAACUAAUACGAAAUUGUCUAAUCAAGUCACAGGAAUAAUCCAAAAGUUUCCACCACCAUUACCACCAUUUCCUCCCCAAUCACCUCAACUGGAUGAUGAACUUGACGACGAUGAACGAGGCGGUAUAAUGGUUCCAUUUAUAUACCCCCCUCCCCCAAUAAUUAACCCCGACACAUUACCUUAUUCUCUUGCAUCAUUCAAAUCUAGGUUGGAACAAGUUAAAUCAACCAUGGUAAGAAUAUUCGUGCAAGCACCACCAUUACCUUUUCCUCCUCCCAACUAUAUGGCAUAUCCUCUAUCGGCAAAUAAAUCUACUUUAAUUCCUGCCGAUGUGUUCCAGUCAUUCAUUAGUGCCAGUGAAGAAUUACCGAGAACAGACAUGGUCGUGGCCAGUGCUGCCGGCUCAUUGUUUGACAUGAGGGAGCAGGCUAAUGAUGAAGGAUUCAAUAUUGAGGAUUUCGAGCGAACCCGGAGGUAUAAUAAUCCGCGAUCAGAACAAAGUUACGACGACGAAAAUGAAAGUGAGGAGUCAGACGAAGAGGAUGCAGAUGGAUAUGAUGAAGAUGGCGAACAGUUGGAAUACUUGAACCGAAUUGACACCACUGAUUACUUGGAUCCAUUUGAAAAUGAUAAUAGACGUGAUGUAUUUCAAAUCAAUAUGAGAUCGCCUGCGUAUGAAACAGUAUCAAAAAAGUUGAGCAAGUUGAAAGAUGCAAAUUAUCAUGAGAAAACAAAAUCGAAUAGAGAGAAUGAAUACGAGUUUGCCCAAGGUAUGACUAGGCUGUUUCUUGAAAGUUUGUCUCCUUCUGAUAUAAUAGAUAAUCCUGGCAAGGAUAUUACCCUUCAAAGUGGAAGUAAUCGGGAACGAAGAAGAAGUGAACUUGUCAAGUCCAUGAAUACCGUGGAAGAGUUCAACGAAGAAAAUCGUGAUGAAAUCUAUCGUAUGAAGAAGAACCAAUUAUUGAACCGAUUACAUAAUUUACGAAACUCCAAGAUCACCUUCACCAGUGUUGAGACCGAAGAUGAAGAAUUGGACCAAUUCAGACAGCUUGCUGAGAUUGAACGAGAUGAGCAAUUAAUUCAAUUGAAGUUACUGGAGAAUUAUGAAUUAUUGAAGACGUCAUUGGUUUUCUAUGAAGACUCAAACAAGGCAUACAAGAAUUUAAACCUUGUGCUAAUCAACAAACUAGAAAAGUUGAAGAAUUUCUUUGUUUAUCAACGUGAUUUAUUCACGGAAUAUCUUGAGCGGAAACAAGAUAUUUUUGACAUCAAAAGUAAGGAAUCACAAAAGCUAUUCAACGGCAUAUCCAAUAGAAAUUAUUCCCAGGAAAUCAAAAACAUAAUAAAGAGUUCCAUCAUCAAUGAACAAGAACAGCACCUUAAACCCGUGGAAAUCCCCGAUCAUGAUUUGACUACAUUGGCUACGGAUACCAGCCAUGUUCUCGUUCAUGAUUUCAUGCCGUUGAUAACCCCGGAAGAAUUCAGCAUCAUAACUGGAGAUAUCCCUAGAAAGUCCAAACUUUCCAAUAAUGCAAAGGACAAUAAGCCUGCUACCAACAUGAAACACCAUAUAUUCCAGAAUUCAUUGUAUGACCGAAUGACAUCCGGUUCUGAUACCAAUGCCAGUGAUGCCAAUAUAAGUAGUGGUGCUGCUCUGGGAAGUGGGAGUACCACAGCUGGACCCAAGAGACGUGGUAGAAGAAGCGCACAAUCUUUACAACAAGCUGGUGGUGCCAGUGGAAAUACCGGGAAUGGCUCCAGUAAGAAUAGUGACACCAGGGAUGGUUUAGGAGUCAAGUAUUCUGAAGCGGCAUUGAUAUCCAAGAUUACCAAGCAUUUCGUGGGACCACAGCUGGCCAUGCCUGAUGAAUUAACCAACGAUUUAGACAUGAUGGGAAUUCAAACAAGAUGGCCGGUUCUGAAGUAGUAGUAAUAGUAGUAGCAUCAUGUAGAUUGUAUAAUACAUAUAUUAUAUUUUGACAACUUGAUAAAAUCUUUUUAUGAUGUACAUAUAAAACUAAACAAAUAGAAAAACAGAGUAGUAGGAAUAGAUAAAGAAUUAUAAACAAUAUCAAAUACAAACACAAGCUAACGGAAAGUCAAAUGAAAAUCAAAUGUCAGUUUGGGAAUCAGCUAAAACGGCAAAGUAACACAAUCAAUGAAGAAAUGAAAAUAAUUCAUAAAACAAGACAAGAAAAAGGACUGGGUAUAUCUUUUAAACAAAACAAGAUUAAAACAGUCAACACUAAAUCACAUUAUUGUCCCAUAAAACAUGAUCGGGUGUGUUUUUUUUUUCUUUAGUAUUCUUCAAAUUGAGAAUAAAGGGCAAUCAAAGCAUUGCCCCCGCCAAUAACAUAUGGCCAGUUACCCAAAACGGCAGUGAAAGUGUUGUAGAUACCCAAGUGGGCCAAGAUGUGGUUAGUUGUGGUGGCUAACCAACAAGUUCCAGUACUGUAAUUAACAAAGGCACUUUGUUCAACGAGAUAGUACACAAAGAUCUUGGAAAGGGCAAAGAUAAAUGGGUCAAAAGCGUAGACUCUGAACAAAACAGUGUCUUCUUCAAAUUCAAAGAUUCUUCUAGUAAAGUUGAAAAAGUACGACAAAACCAAUGGGAAGGCAAUUGAGGUCAAUAACCAGAAAACAAGAGUGAUAAGUGGGUCGUAAGCGAAUAAGGUAGUUACUUGAGCAGAUGGGAGGGUGGAAGUAGCAAGGAAUGGGACAUUAUCGAGAACAACUUGAGGAAUUAAAGCAUUCUUGUUUAAUGGAACAAGUGGGACAUAGUAGGCCAAGUAAACAGCAAAUUCAAGAAUCAAUUCCAAGUAGUUCAAUGUGACGGUGGAUGACAAUUGUUGUCUCAAUUGAGCACUGUAGUCGGUAUAAGUGACACCGAUCUUGUCAGUACAUUCGUAAACUCUGUCAACAAAUUGUUCGUAGUAUUGAAGUACUGGGUCAAAAACAGCUCUAAAGUUCAAAGGUGGAGGAGCAUUGUAGUCCUUGUCUUCUUGAUCAUCUUCUUCUCCCUCUUCUUCGUCUUCUUCUUCGUCACCUUCCUCAUCGUCGUCUUCGGUUUCAAUCACUUCAACUUCUUCUUCAACGGCGGUGACGUCUUCGUCGCCUUCACCUUCACCUUCUUCACGGGCAUCAGCAAGUUCUUGAAGGAGCUUUUGCACAGUUGCUGCACCGUUAGCGGAUUUUUCGGCGUAGACGGUCAAUUUAUCAACCAAAACCUUCUUGGUGUCUUUACUGACGGUGUGGAUAUCUAAUUUUUUGAGGACAGUUACUAGAUCUGCCUUUUUAUAAGUGGUAAAUGAAGACAUGGUUUCAACUAUAGGUAUUGCUCUAUUGAUUCCUCUAAAUAUAUCUUACAAUUAUUUGUAAUGCUUAAAUUAAGUCAAUUGUACCAGAAAACGGAAACGUAAACAGGAAAAAGGUAAAGGAAACAGAUGCAAAAAAAAGCAGGUGGU